CCGCGAUUCAGGAAUCAGUUGGAAAUUUGCAUGGCCCAGUGGCGGACGUUGAGCGGGAAAAAUUGCCAAACAUUUGAACUUCCAUUAAUAACGGUCUAACGAUUCGGUUUAAAUCAUACGCGGGCACAAAUCUUGGCCACAAAAGAGCGCUUGCCGAAUGCACUCAGCAGAUCCUGAUUCAUCGACUAGCGGCAACAGCAAAGAAAGACAGUCACGUUCGUGUGCCCCACUUCCAGGGGUAUGCAAAUUUAGCCAGGACGACUUCAUAAAAGCAAUGCAAAUAAUUAAAUAAAAGAACAUAGAACUGAGGACCGAGAACCGAGAACAUAGAACACGAAACAGCAAAUAUCAGUCAUACAAAAUGACAUGCCACUUGAGCUGGCGGAACUUGGAUUAACUAGCUGCGCGAGCAAUACGUUGCAGAAGCAAAAGUAAUUCCCAAGCCCGGGAGGAGACUAUGGCAAGGUGCGAUAUCCGACAGAUUCCCACACCCAAUAAAAUGUCCUGGAGGGGGCGGGUACUGGAGCGCGGACAAGGACGAGGAAAGGCCCGAAGACGCAAAGGAGCAGUCGGGGGCAUUGGUGGAGGAAUCCUUGCCGGCAGGGCGGGCACUGCCAGCAUACUGUUGGCAUUUCUGGCAGCUGUCAGCUUUCGAGGCAUGCGAGCGCCGCUGGCCGCUUCUGCAGCACCGAUGGUUGAAAACGCAUCGCUAAUUACGCCACCGACGACGAGGACAACCACAACGCCGCUGGCAACGGGAUCACACAGUGUCCUGUUGAUGGGUACUGGCACCAGUUUUCAACAGGGGGAGGAGACAACCAUAAUGGGGGAGUCCUGGAGUGAAAGACCCGAUACGGCGACACUGACAAAGGGAUUCUCGAUUCCUACCUAUUUACCACCUUUUCCGGACUUCAUUCCCGCCGAUUUGCCGCACCUGCAGCGGAACGCACCUGCCACUCCAAGUCCGGCGGAUGCCAGUCCAAAGCAGACUAACGAGCAGCAAUUCCAAACCCAAUCGCCAUCCCAGUCGCAGCCCAGAUUACACGCCUACGACAGCGAACAAAAGGAGCUGCAGUUGCGGCGCGAAAAGGAGCUGGCCAAGGAGCGGGAACUGUUGCCACGGCGCCAACUCAGCCUGCCCCCGCUGAAUGCCACCGUCCAAGCUGGCCAGCAUGCCUAUCUGCCCUGUAAGCUCAACCAGCACUCGGGCAAGCCCCUCUCCUGGGUGCGUUUGCGGGAUGAACAUAUCAUUGCGGUGGAUCACACAACCUUCAUCAACGAUGCUCGCUUCGCGUCCCUGCUCCAAUCAGCGGCAACGGCAACAUCGGCGACCACCGCAGUCGGAGCUCCACCUCCGAGUCCUCGCAUCUCCUCAGAUGCCUCUGCCCUGUUGAAUAGCUCCAGGCAAGGUGUCCUGGCGGGGGAGCGAGGCAAUGGCAGUAGCCUGAGCUGGACACUGCAAAUCAAGUACGUGAAGCUGGACGACGCCGGAUGGUACGAGUGCCAAUUGGCAACUGAGCCCAAAAUGAGCGCCAAGGUGCAACUGUUUGUGAUAACACCUCGUACCGAACUAAUUGGGGAUCGACAGCGCUUUGUAAAGGCUGGCAGCAAGGUGGAGAUGCACUGCAUCGUGCGUGGGACUCUGGAGGCGCCCAAGUACAUAUUCUGGUAUCGGGGUGACCAACAGGUGACUGCCGAAAACGAGGCCAGCGCCUCCCAGAACGGAUGGUAUACGCAAAUCGAUAGAAAUAUCUUUGGAAGCACUGAGCACAACAGGAAUACGAUUGGUUCUCUGGUUAUUCCCUUAGUGCGGAAAAUACACUCCGGCAACUACACGUGCGAGCCGGAAAACAGUGCGGCCGUGUCCAUGCAACUGCAUGUCCUGAGCGGAGAAUACUCUGCCUCGGCCAUCAAGUCAGCAGCAGCCGGCCUCUAUAGACUCGGACACGGAUACAGGAGCCUCCACCAGUGGCUAAUCUUCUUACUGGUGGCUUUGAACAAGACAUGAGUGGUGAUCUCAGGAAGCGUUUGAAGGAAAUGACUAAAAUCACAAUCCGACGGGGUGUUUUGUCUAAGACAUUAGUUUAAUUUGUAGGUAAAAAUAGCACACGAAACUCUCAGAACACAAUGUCAUUGAUUAUUCCGCUGACACUUUUUUAAAGUCUAAGCUCAACUUUCCGAAUAUUAAUGAAGAUUUUUAUACAGAUUCUAGACUUAAUAUGUUUUCCUUUUGUAUAAGAUUAGGUCUAGUGGAAUAAGCAUUAAGCUAAGCAUCUGAUUCCGAGUAACGAAAAUUAAUUUGUUAUUUGCGUAAAUAAAGCCUAAGGCGUCUUAAGUAAUCUAGA